AUGGGCACGAGUUUUGCUGUAGAGGCUCUGGCACAGGUAGUAUAUAAACAGUUGAAACCAAUCUGUCUGGGUCCCAGUAAAUCACUCCAGAUGAUCAGGCUUCUUUUCUUGUUUGCUACUUUGCUGGCAGCGCUCUAUGCAAAGUCGUUCACUAUGCCGACACGAUCGUCCGGCUCUCUACGAGCAAAGAUGAUCUCAAAGGGUCAAUAUCAACAGUACCUAAAAAACCAACGGACUCGUAGAUUACAAAUCUUCAAAGGAUCCCAACCUUUUAUAGACUACGCUGAUGACUUCUAUCUUGGCGAAGUUCAAAUAGGAACUCCAGCUCAAAAUAUGACACUCGUGUUGGAUACUGGCUCUUCAAACCUCUGGGUGAUUGACGACGCUUGUCAAAGCGCGGCAUGCAAUGGAAAUACUGAAAGCGGCUAUAUCAAGCACAAAUUCGAAACCUCUGAGUCAAAAACGUUCAAAAAAGAAAGCCGUAGUUUCUCGAUGUCUUAUGGGUCUGGAUCUUGCAACGGAUAUUUGGCUACAGAUGCUGUUUCGUUUGCAGGUAUGAUGAUUUUUAGCUGGCAUAUGAUGAAUUUGCAAGACAUAUAAAA